AUGCUUGGAGCAAAGGUACUAAUCGUUCCGACGGCAGUCAACCCAGACAGCCUCUACAAGUACACCAGCGUGAGAUACACCAACAAAUUACUGUUAAAUUUACGGCAUUAGCUUACGGUUCAUACUAGUGGGAAGAUCCAGUCCGCACCCUCGGCUCGUACAUUGGUAUUAUCAGCGUCCUCUGUGCAGCACACUACCUGCCCCUCACUCAAACAGCUCUCAAGGCGGGAGCUACGGUUCUUGGAGGUACCUAUACACCAAUUGAUCCAUAACAGUUGAGAUUAAAAUGAACGUACACUGACGAAGUUGCAACUAGUGGCUGCGACCGUUGAAUACGCCCAUCGUUCAUUCACUCCCAACACAAUUCUAGCCCGUCUCCGCCCGGCUGAGUAUAAGAGGAUCCCCGAGCCAGUCCUCAAUGACACGCUUAAGGAUUUACACGAUCUUGUGCAGUUCCUCGUUGUCGAGGCCCAGAGAAUUGUCCUUGGCCAACACUUGGGAAGAACCUUUGGGGUACGUUUGCUUGGCUGUCGGGCCCUCGGCGAUUGAGCAUUGGCUAAUUGACAAGCAGGCUUUCAUUACUCUGGCUACUUUGUACUUCCUCGUGAAAAUCGUCUCGCCAUUCGGGUUGGUACUCUUGGGCGUCACCGCGCUCUACACGGCCCCCCUCGUCACGUCGCGCCACGGCCGCGAAGUCCUCGAAGCUGCCAAGGCUCGCACUGCAGACAUGAGCAACGCAGCUUUGGAGAGUUCGCAGGCACUUGCCCAGGCCGGAAAGGACAAGGCCGCUGAGCUCUCAACCGCGACUCAACAGACUGCCGCAGACACCAAGCGACGCGCUGGAGAGCUCGUGCAGGGCGGAGCCAAUCCAUCCAGGGCCACAGAUGAAAACGCUGACGCCUUGAUGGAGGCGGCCAAGAAUACCGUUGACAAAACCUCCGACAAGGCAAACCGCGCUGUUGGUCAAGAUGAUCAGCAGACUCGCCCCAGCCAUGAUACCACCGCUGUCCAUUCGCACAGAGAUGCAGGGAACAUGAACUCCUCCCGCAGCAACCCUGCAGGCGUAGGCAAACUCAGCGAUCCAUUGUCCAAUCUUUCGGCUGGCGGGAUCGCAAAGGAGAAUACUCACAAAUAUGCCGAGCCCGCACCUCAUCUUCCCACUUACCAAGAAUCGCGCCUGGCUGCCACUGGCCUCGGCUCGGCAAGACAGGAUCCGAUUGUUGAUUCCGGUGACAGUCAUUACGCUCUCAAGAACACUUCAGAAGGCUUGAGAGACGUGGCACAGUCAACUCCUAGGCACGACGCCAGUACAGCCGUGUCGACUUCCAGUGCCGCACCUGGACUUGCGUCAGAGGCGGACCAGGCUGACACGGGCAUCCUCAACCGACCUCGCGCCAUUCCUCCACUGGCAAACCUUGACCAGACGUCUCCAGCAUUUGGCAAAUCCUAA